CAGCAGGAUGGGGCUGGAGCUGUACCUGGACCUGCUCUCGCAGCCCUGCCGGGCACUCUACAUCUUCGCCCGCAGCAACAACAUUCCCUUCGAGUUCAAGAACGUGGAGCUGAUGAAGGGGCAGCACAGGACGGAGGAGUUCCAGAAGGUGAACAUCCUGAUGAAGGUGCCUGCACUAAGGGACGGCUCUUUCACCUUAACAGAGAGUGUUGCAAUCCUCUUGUACCUGGCUCAGAAAUUCAAGACUCCUGAUCACUGGUACCCAUCUGACCUGCAGAAAAGAGCCAGGGUUGACGAGUACCUGUCAUGGCAGCACACGAACAUGCGUGCAAAGGGGAGCAAGUUCUUCUUAACGAAGGUGCUGCUGCCUCUCGUCCUAGGCCAGACACUUCCUCCAGAGAAACUGGAAGGUGUUACUGAAGAGCUGAACAUUGUCCUGAAGCAGUUUGAGGAGAAGUUCUUACAGGACAAACCCUUCAUCGUAGGCAAUGAGAUCUCCCUGGCAGACCUCGUAGCAGUGGUGGAGCUCAUGCAGCCCGUCAGUGCUGGCUACGACCUCUUUGAGGAGAGGCCCAAGUUAGCAGAGUGGCGCAGACGGGUGGAAGACGCGGUGGGGAAGCAGCUCUUCCAGGAAGCCCAUGAAGGCAUCUUGAAGGCCAAGAGCUUUACUGCUGAUAAGAUUGCACCUGAACUGCUGGAGCAUUUCAAGCAUCAGCUCUUAAAGCAGACCAGCCAGAAUUAAGGGGUUAUACUCUAAGUAAAGUGGAUUAUUUUGUGCAGGCUUUUUGUAGUAUUUCAGCAUUUCUUCUAAAAAUCAUGUUGUUUACAUGUACUUCAGUCACAGCCUUUCUGCAACUUAGAAGGGAAGAAAACUACAUCUUAGACUGCAGUGAGCUGCUUUUCUCUCUUGACCACUGCAGGUUUUUCUUUCGUGUUCCAGUGACACUGGAUCUGCUUGAGGCAGAGGCAGUUCAGUGCAGGUGGGAAUUGCCCUUUCCGUCCUUGUUUUGAGUUUUUCAGGUCACGGCACUAUAGAAGGGGCAAUGGCAGAGGGUAUAGAAGAGCAGAUCUGUCUGGAACAAGGAAAAAAACAUUGAAAAUGGCUUUCACUUUGCAACAUGCUUAGUUGUAAGUUUUUUGCUCUCCAGAAAGACAGGCCAGGCGGCAGUCCUAGAUGACUCUGAGAGGGCUCAAGUUACACCCAGCACUUAAGGCUGCUGUAUCCCCAUGGAAGCAAAGGAAGAUGGUACCGAGGAGCGGCUGUGCAGGCACCAGAGUGAGGCCUCCAGCUUCAGGGAGGGACAGGGUUAGUCCUAUGAGCACAGACCUUCAGCCAUAGACUCACGUCAUGUUCUACAAAGAACAGCCUGCUUGGUGCAAGCCGUUCAAGCCAGUUCCACUGACCAGUGCUGCCGUGGCUGGGCCAGCGAGGGAGCUGUGUUGUCAGCCCCACAGCAAGCAUAGGAGCUGAGUCAUGCCUCCAGUACAGCUGGUGUUCCACUAGCCUCUGCCACAUCAAAGUGUCCAACAUAAAUGGUUACAUUCGCUGUGUGUUGCAGCUCUGUUUGGAUUUGUAAUCAGGUUUUGGAAGGAAGAGGCCAUGGGGUCAUCCUCCACACCUGUGCAAUGCCCUUCACAACCUCUUGCCUGUGUCCCUCUGUAUUCCUCCUGCCUUCCUGUCCUGUGACCUCCCAUUUCAGGUACAAGCCAUGAGGAGGGUUCCAGUUUGCAGAGCUGCUGUUUUCCCUGCCUUGUUAAGCUCUGGCUGUAUCUGGAUGUCUAUUUGUCUCUGCUUACACCAUGCACAGAGAUGGUUGUCUCCUAUGCUGGGUGCAAGAUAUCAGUCUUCUUAGUGAAAGUCAGCUUAUUACAGUGCUCAGAAAAAGUGAAAGUAGCUGCUCAGACCAGCCUCACAUCCUUACAGAAGGACCUACUGCUUUUUGAUAAUGAGCCAGCUGCCUCUUCUGUGUUUGUUUCCUGAGUAAACCUGCCCUUUGGUUCAAAAGGGCACCAUGAACCACAGCUUGCAGCACAUGUCUCUGCAGGCUGAGCUAAAGCAGCCAAGCAGGCUAGUUCCUCUUACUUUCUAUUCUUCCAACAUGCAGGAAGUCCUAUAUGUCAGUGCCAAAAAUGCACAUUUGCCCCCAUUUCUAUUUCAGUGCUGGCACAGGCAGGGAUAUUUAUCUCCUUACCUGAAUUUUUUUUAUUGGCAAGUUUGUUGAGGAGAGCCUAUUGCACUCCAGUUGGCAGUCGGUGAGGGCAGCUCUCUUCUGGCCCUGAGUGCUUUCCUGGCUGGUGCCCCUGGAAGACUUGCAGCAGUGCUACACCCAAAGACAAGGGCCUGUUUAUGUUGUACCACCAACCACUUCCUUCCCUCAGUCACCAGCAGCUGGAGCUUUGGCUGCCUCACUGUGCACUCUCCCAGUACCACGCUUGUGCUUUACCCAAUUUCCACACCGUGACCUCCAGCUUCUCCCUUUUUUGUAGUGAUCAGAUUAGCACUUCCUACAGAGUGCUAAUCUUCACAGUGCUGAAACCAGGCUGGGUAGCAGAGCUUUUUCUUGACACACAUCUCUCUGCAGGAUCUCGAGAUCAGGCUGCUGUGCAUGCAAAGCCAUCACAUGAGCCAAAGCAAAUAAAGCAGGGGUUUUCUACUCAUUUAUGAUACUUGUAGCACAAGAGCUCCAUGUCUUUAGCCAAUUUUCUGCUUGUUUGAAUAAGGCACGAGUUCCUUAAAGGUCAGCCAUUGUGUGCUCUUGUGAGACUGGCUGCUUUCAAAGACAUAUCGGGAGGAUGUUCAGAGCUCAUUGUCCAGCACUGCUCUGCUGCCCCUGUCACACAGGAUAAAAACCUUUGCCUCACUCCAGCACAGCCGUGGUGACAAGAAGAGAUUGUAAAUUGCUUUUGCCAUUCUUCUCUUCCUGCCCGUAGCCCAUCUGAACCUUAGGUUCACUCUCACAGUGUGUGCAGUGACCAGUGGCAUUCUGGGCUUCUCUGUGCAUGCAGGACAAAGCACCUCCCCCCUGAAACCAGAUUACUCCUUGGAUGGUAAUAGAGUUGUAGAACAUACAUCUGCCUUGUUUGCUUUUUCAUUCCAAAUCGUGUAGAUAAGGCAUCUCCAUGUCCUUGUACUUUGCCUUUUUUGCUAUCCCUCCACCUCCCCCCUUUUGUUCAUCUCUGUCGUUUGAUCUUGGCUCAUGCCAGCUCCUCAACUGAAAGCCCCAAGAGCUGCUUGCCAAAACCCAUCAGAUUGUGCGAGGUUUGCCUGCCUUAGUGCAAGGUCUGUUUGAUAUCCACUGUCCUUUCACCCCAGUAUGGAGGGGAGUUACACCUCUAGUGACAGUUUAAUGUGUUGUUCUGACUCAGUUUCCUGAAUUCUUGCCAGGGGCUAUUUGGAAAUAGGUGAGAGCCUGUGAAUAAAAUGAAGCUGGGCUACACAACUGGGGAGGAAUGUUUAACAAGUAGACACACACCCUGAGACCUUUUCUAAAUGAUUAAGAAAUAAACUAAAAAACUCA